AUGAGUUCCGCGCACCCUGCAGAGGUAUCAGGGGGCAUCCCCAUCUUUAAACCGUCCUUUGAUGAGUUUAAAGAGUUUUACAAGUACAUGGAGUCCAUCAAACAGUACGGGUUGGAAACAGGCAUUGUGAAAGUGAUACCCCCGAAGGAAUGGCUCGAUAUGUUGGAGGACCCUAUCCCGGCAACGACAUUACAAUCAAUACAGAUUAAAUCUCCAAUCCAACAGAAUAUCUCCGGGAAUAAAGGGAUAUUCAUGAUCCAAAACGUAGAGAAAAAUAAAACGUACAAUAUAAUACAGUGGAAGGACUUGUCCCUGGACUAUAAACUACCCACAAAUGCACACUCUGAACAUCUACAGGGGAAUAGCAAAGAUAAAGAUGAGGUCAGGGAGGACCACACAGGAGCGGACAACUCUAAUAGAAAUAAUAUUCAAGUGGGGAACCCAACUAAGAAACUGAAAAACCGUAACAGAUCGUUCAGCCUGACAGAUUUUAAACAUUUUGCCAAACAUUACGAAGUCGAUAACGUGGAAAAAUUUAAAGAUAAAGAUUGGCUCAAUUUCUUGGAGUCAUACUAUUGGAAAACUCUCAAUUUCACAGAACCAAUGUACGGGGCAGAUACACCAGGGUCUAUCUUCCCUGAAAACCUCAAAGUUUGGAACGUCGCUCAUUUACCGAAUCUUUUAGAUUACAUGGACAGCGAGGUCCCCGGAGUGAACAACUCGUAUCUAUACGCGGGUCUGUGGAAGGCCUCCUUUGCCUGGCAUCUCGAGGACCAAGACCUAUAUUCCAUUAACUAUAUUCAUUUCGGUGCCCCCAAACAAUGGUAUUCCGUCCCACAGGAGGAUCACGAACGGUUUUACAAUUUUAUGAAGGAACAGUUCCCAGAGGAAUCGAAAAGGUGUCCUGAAUUUCUACGGCAUAAGAUGUUCUCCGCGUCACCCAAAAUCUUGCAAAAGAACGGCAUUCGAUGUAAUAAAAUCGUCCAUUACGAAAAAGAAUUCAUGAUCACAUUCCCACACGGGUAUCACGCAGGGUUCAAUUACGGUUACAACCUUGCAGAGUCCGUAAAUUUUGCCCUCGAGAACUGGCUCGAUAUAGGAGACAAAUCGAACAAGUGCCUGUGCGUUCCAGAUUCCGUCGGCUUGGACAUUGAGAAACUGAAACAAAACUGGCAGCAGAGACAACAGGAGGAACGACGGGAGGACCCCAAAUCCCCAAAACUCAAGACGGAUACCGCCGCUGCUAUCUCCUACUUCAAAGAUCAACAGCUACCGCCGUUACCACAGGUCCACUCGCUGUACCAGAAUCAGAAUAUGUCACUCAGGUCCACGAGCCCAGGGUUGGACCCUGAUUCAAAUCUGAAGCAACCAAGUAUCAGUCGUGUGUCCUCGCCAUUUUUGGCCAGGAUGAUGGACUUGUCCAACAUCAUUGAACCAACUUUGGACGACGCAUCCCUCAAGUUCAAGGGGAAACUGUCCUCGCCGCAUGCGGUGAAAGUCGAACUAGUAAGCAAAAAAAGACCUCUACUAGGCGGAGACAACCCCAACGGGCCGUCCCGACCAGAAUCGCAAAACGAACCUUUGGCACCGCUAGCCCUUAGGGGCAGCCAUAGAGCAGUGUUCGAUGAGAAUGAUGAUAACUUGCUGGCCAUGAGUCUCACAUCCCUUGCCAACAGUGGCACCUCGUCUCCUAAAAUGACGAGGAAUACGCUGGGUUCCCCCAUGGAGUUUAGCAACUCUCCACUCCCGAUGCAGUUACGAAAUCCAAACUUGAACCCAAACGCAGUGCAGUUGAGACCACUCUUUGGAGGAUCAGGAACACCGUCUAACCUUUCCCCUUUCAAUCCGCUGUCUUCAAACAAGGAUCCGUCAAAUUCGCAUAUCACAACGACUUCAAAUCCGUCUCCAAAGCUUCCUUUCCUAAGAAGAACGAAAUCUUCGAACAUUGUCACACUCAAUAUAUCGCGAGAGGGCUCUAGGAGUCCCAUUUCAUUGGCGAACUCUAACCGGGAUGACGGAAUGGACGAGGACGGCACGGUAAACGGGAGGAACUCACCUCUACCGCUGGCGAUGUCUCCAUCUCUGUAUCCGAACGUUGCUAGGGCCAUCGCCAUUGCGCCGAAACCAUGCGACAGCGAUUUCGGGACGGACGUCGAAGAGCCACCGAAGAGUAGUUCGAAGGAACCCUCGCCGAAGCGUCAAAGGAAACUCCCACCGGGUACUGUGUCUCACAGGUUUGGCGUGAACGAGGUUAUCAUGAACGAGUACGGCAAAGUUUAUGUUUGCCAAGAGUGUAAGAGACAGUUUUCAUCUGGUCAUCAUUUGACGAGACAUAAGAAGUCCGUUCAUUCGGGGGAAAAACCUUACUCCUGUCCCAAGUGUGGGAAGAGAUUCAAGAGGAGAGACCACGUGUUACAACAUCUCAACAAGAAGAUACCCUGUGUUCCAGCGCCCGGGGAUAAGAAGAGCAAUGGGACACGCGCCAAAAUGGACAAAGCUUCGAGCCCAGUGUCGCACACAGAGACGGAAGACAAUGGUCUGUUAGAGAGCAAGAGCAGCCCGGACGACAAACAGGACUCGCCGUUCGAUAAAAAAGACCCUCUGCAGAACCACUCGAUCAGUAGUUGA